AUGUCGAACCGCCAGCUCGCGCGCGACACGCAGGUCGAGUUCCAGGCCCGCUUCCAGGCCAAGCAGGCGCGGCGCGAGGCGCAAAAGGCGGCCAAGCAGGACCCCGUGCUGCGCAAGCAGAUCCAGGACCUGCUGAAAAAGGGCGAGACGCAAAAGGCCUACCAAAAGGCAAAGAUGCUCCUCUCCAAGCAGGCCCUCGCCCAGCAGAUGGAUCAGAUGGCCGAUAUGGCCGAGCUUUCCGCCGCCCAGAUCCAGGCAAACAAUGCCAUGAACCGCAUGACGCACAUGAUGGGCCAGUCGUCGCGCACCAUGAACGCUGCCCAGAGAAACACGAAUCCCGAAAAGACCCUCGUCACUCUCGAGCAGUUCAAGCAGCAAAACGAAGAGUACGCCAUGUCCAACGGCAUCUACCAGGACGCCAUCACCCAGUCCACCUCGGUCCAGGUCGGCGAGGACGCCGUGCACGAGCUCCUCGGCAAGCUCGCCGACGAUGCCGGCAUCGAGCUCAGCCGCGAGCUCAACAAGGCCACCCCGGCCGCCGCAGAGCCCCAGGCCGCCUCCGCCACCAGCGAGCCCACGGCCGAGGAAGAGGAUAAGCUGCAGCAGAGACUGCGCGCACUGCGGGCUUAG